AUGAUUAAAAGCAAAUAUCUUCUUCCUAAGAUGAAUGAAUUGUUUGACCAAUUUGUAGGCGCUUCCUAUUUUCUUCAAUUAGAUUUAAUGAACGGUUGUUAUCAAUUGGAGGUCGAUUCAAGAGAUCAUUAUAAGAUUGCGUCCGUCACCCAGCAGGAACAGUAUGUUUGGAAAGUUAUCUCAUUUGGUUUAACUAAUGCUCUGUCCAUCUUUCAAAUGUUAAUGAAUGAUACAUUACAAGGAUGCAUUGGUCAGCGUGUCAUCGUCUAUUUAGUUAAUAUUUUGGUUCGCUUUAAGAGUGAACAAGAACACAUUAUGCAGAUACGUCAAGUCUUUGGACAAUCUAGAACUCAGGUAUUAUAUGCAAAGAAAUCUAUGAGAAGGUUAUUACAGUCUUCUAUUAAGUUUUUAGGAUAUCAAAUCGGUAAAAAUGGUAUUCAUGUGGAUGGAAGUAAAGUUGAUACUAGUGUUAAAUGGUCAAAACCUAUGACACUCAAAGAAGCUUUAAGUUUUAUGGCAACAUGUUUAUUUUUUAAAAGAUUUAUUCCAAGUUAUCAACUUUCUGUUAGCAAACUUAUAUAA